AUGGGUGAGACAGUAGCAGAUAAAACCAGUAAAAUCUUAGCUUUUGUCGCAGUUGGUUUUGGAGUUAUUGCAUUACUAUUUCUUUGUAUUGGUGUUGGUACAGUACGGUGGUAUACUGCUGGUAAUUCAAAUGUUAUAAUUACCGGACUGAAUUUCUUUACAUAUUGUAAUUAUGAUGCAACAACUGGAAGUCAAACCAGCUGUGCAUCACGCACUGCGACCUGGCAUCCUGUUUGUGAUACUAACAAUUAUCCGACAACAACUGUCGUAAAUAGUUAUAGUGAUUGCAACAAUCGUAUGCGAAACGCUG